AUUGAAAAGGUAAACACUGAUCAGCUGUUUGGUUGGUUGAUAACAGAAAAACUGAAAACAGUACGUUAUCUUUGAUAACUAAUCAAUUAAUUAUCAAUUCUAGUUAAAUUAAUCAUAUACCGGGUUUUUACAUAUCAAAGUCCGUUAAAACUGUUUGUUGAUGAGUGAAAUAAUGGGAACUGAGUGUGUGGCGUCGUUAGGAAAACUACAGUUGAGGUUAAACUAAAACAAUGCGUAGAUUUAUGUUGAAUGCAUGCCUACUAAAACAGUUAAUGGAAACAUAGUUUCUUGCUGAAUGAAGUAUGCCAUCUCAAAGUGAGGAAUAUGGAAUUAAUGUAAACAACUAUUCUUCAUACUAUUACGGUGAGACAUGCCAGCCCACAUCCAACCCACCAGCCUACUGGAGCUGAGUCUGUCAGCUGUUGGCCAGCUGUUACUGGACAACAGCCGCCAGCUGAAUCUGCAAUACCAGCUGCCGGCCGCCUUGCGCCAACGGCUGCUGCUACAGCUGUGUGCCGACACAUCAGCUGAUGCGAGCCAACUGGUCGGCCAGCUGUUGGCGCCCGACAUUAGCCAGCUGUGUGUGGAGCUGUGCUGCUACUACGGCUGCACACACCAGCUGCAGCUGUUGCGACUGCUGGCCACGCCAGCUGCAAGGGGGCUCACUCACCUACAGCUGACACGGACCGCGCUGCUCAGACUUGAUCAUUGCAACACUUUGUUUGCAACAUUAUUUCGUUUUCAAGACCAAUGCCUGCUGCAAUCGGUGCUGCUGAAUGCUGCCGGGUUAAAACAGCUGAUUCUGCGCAACAUUGCCAGCGACGCCACCCUAUCAGCUGUUGGCUCCAGCUGUCACCAGCUGACACACCUCGACGUGUCCAACUCGCGCCAGGUUACCGACAACGGCAUCAAACAGCUGUUCCUGCAGAUCGAGCUGCGCAACAAAACAGCUGAAUCAGCUGAUCGCCGCCGCCACCGCAGCUCCAACUGUGCGGUAUCAAUAACAACCAGUCGCAGAGCCAACUUCCUCAGCAGGACAGCUAGACUAUUUCGCUGCCUGAGCAGUGAGGAGGACUCCUCCUCAGACUCGUUCCUGUUGGAGUGUUUCGAGCGGCAGACGGCCGUCUGCAACACUCUACAGGUGCUCAAUGUGACCAACACAGGCAUCACUAGUGUGGGCGUAUGCAUAGCACUGGAAAACUGCACCCAUCUGCAGAGCGUUGGUGAUUAUGCACACAUGAGCCAGGCAUUGCAUCUGUAUGAAAACCGUGCCGAGCAACUCAGGCCUCUGAAAUUGGUCAAUGUCACCAACACAAUCACCAAUCAGAAAGCACUAGAGCUAAUCUACACCAGCUGUCCAAAACUACAGAGACUGACCUUGAGGGACACCCGUUUCAACUUUGCCGCCCCUCCCCUCCACACACCCGCCACCCUAACCUCGCUAACACUGCUGAUGGUGCCGGCCAGCGCCGAUUGGCUGACACACUUCUACAGCCACGAGGCCACGCCCCGUCUCAGCCAGCUGACUCUAGUCUUCAGGGCACCAGUACAUGUGCAACUUUACCCGCUCAUGCAGGCGUGCACUCGACUGCAGUGCCUCACCAUAGAUGGCGCUAGCAUAGACUAUCAGCCGCCCAAUCACAACACUACACCCUGCUACCACAAUCUACGAAAGAUACACCUAGGCCAAACCGUCAGCCCAUCAGUGGUUCACGGGCUAGUAGCACACUGUCCCCAUCUGACUGUUGCCCACUUCUACCACUGUCCCGCCUUAACAACUGUGGCCAGUGCCAGCCUACAGUGCUUCUACAUCUACCAGACCACAACCUCGGCCAGCCUCGGUGAGGCACACUCAUCCAACCUCGGCGAGACAAUUGCCGCACUGCUUGCCAACUGUCCUCGGCUCGAGCACCUCGGCAACCUGGCCAACUGGCAUGCGAGCAAUCGCCAGCAAGCUGACGCCUCGACGCUGGUCCAGAGUAUAUCCGCCGCAAACUACAGGCUACAGUUUGAGGCCGGUGCACACUGGUAUCACUCCAAAUGUAUCACUAACUACGAAUAAAACUGUUUACUAUUCAACAAG